AUGGCAGCAGCUAGGCGAAUUUUACCUCAGUUAACUAUUCAAGAUUUGGAGAAAAAAUUUGUUGGAUAUUAUAAACGUAAUAUCAAAGCAUCUCAUAGGCAUCUUAUUAAUCCACAGACUGCAGAUAAGGUAGCUAAAAGUUUCGGCGAUCUACAUAAAUACGUCAUCAUCGAGAAAGAUCCAGGUCCUGGAGUCUUAACCAAAGCCCUACUUAAUGCAGGCUGUACACAACUGGUUGCUUUAGAAUCCAACCAGAAAUUUUUAUCCGUGUUAAAGGAAUUAGAAAACGAUUCUGAUGGCAGACUAAAAGCGUAUUAUAGUGACAUUAAUAAAUUAGAUUUAAUACCACUUUAUCAAGGAUACAUUCCGCCCGUUUACCAAAGUGGUGAUAUUUUAGGCCAUAUAAAACCAAAAAGUUGGGAUGAUGAUAUUGUUGGCCGAGUCAUUGGCGUUGCUAAUAAUACCAUGGGCCAUCGGUUUACUAUAAGUUAUUUGAUAAGACUUAUUGAAAGGAGUGGACUGCACCGUUGGGGCAGAUGGCAACACAUAGCAUAUUAUACAGAGAAAACUGCUAGGGCGUUAUACGCCCACGUCGGUACUCCAAUUUAUGGAAGAAUUACCGUACUUAGUAAUAUAUUAUGUAAUAUAUCAACGUUAUCUAAGGACCAUAUCGACGAAUUUUUUCCUAGAGGUAUGGCAAUUAAGGGAAAUUCGAUGGAACUUAUUUGCCUUGAAACAAAAAAGCAUUGUGAGCUAUCAGAUGAAGCCUUAAAAUUUCUUGAUCCUAUCCUACAGCAAGUUUUUGCGGCUCGAAGGCAACCACUGUUGAAUAGACUAGAAUCAAUUGCUCCUGGAUCCUACACAGUACUCGAAAAAUUAAAGAUUCCUCCGCGAAAAUGUGCAUCCAACAUGAGCCCAAUGGAUUUUGUAGAGCUCGCUGAGGCUUUUUCCUCUUGGGAUGGACGAAUGACAAUAUUUGAUAGUUACCUAUAA